UUUUUAGCGUUAAUCUUCGUUGGAUUUCUUUUAAGUGAUCAUUUUGUUGUGCAAUUUUUACUGUGAUUUUAUAUUUCUGUAAGUUAUUUGGUUUGAUUGAUGAAGGCGAUCAAUUAUAGUUUCAUAGGUUUAGUUUGGUUUACUACGAAGAUCAUCUGUUUUUCCUUUUCCUUCUGUUUGGUUGUUAAGAAAAUCAAGGAAAAGAGCCUUUCAAAAAAAAAAAUCAAGGAAAAGAGAAAAUGAAGUGAGUUUUGAACGGUAAGGAUAGAAGUUAGCUUAAUUUUCAGAUUUUUAGUGUCAACUUAGUGAAAGUGGGAGGUAAGUUUUUGUGUUAUUAUGAUAGCAAUAGAGAGUCGUUUGCUUUUUAUUGACCCUAACUGCGAUCUAAACAGUUCUCUUUCAGAUUAAUCUUCGUUACGAACUGUAGAUUGAGAUUUUGUUUGACUUGUUUUGAAUGAUGGAAAUUGGCCCAAAUACAAGCUGUUGAAUGGGAAUUUGUUUUAAGUUUUGUAUUAAAGCUCUAAUACAGGCAAAUAAACAGAGCUUUGAAUGUUAGGUGUUCUUUGAUGAAUGAAGGAAAUGAGAUUUUGACGUUAAAUGCUAAUUUAUGUGCAAUGUGACUGUAAAUCCUUACCAAGAGUAGCGAGAUCAAGUGAUUUGAAGGCCGGAGCUGGCUGCUUUAGUUUGGCAUGUGGGGACGUCAACGUGAAGCAUUCUCAAUGUACAAGAGGUUGUCAUCAAGAGAUCAUUCAACUGUAAUGGAUGUAGAAGAGAAUUCAGGUAAAUUUAUCUAUUGACUAGCUGAGGGUCUCUGCACAGCCAUGGUUGUCUAGUUGAUAGACCCAGAACCAACAAACUCAGUUCGAUUCUAAUUGCCUGAAGCGCUCACUGCUCUCUUACAGAACAGCAUGGAUGUGGAAAGUACGAAUCCUUCAUGGAGGCUUUCUUUCCCGCAUGUACUAGUGGCAACCAUAUCUUCAUUCCUAUUUGGCUACCACCUUGGGGUAGUUAAUGAACCGCUUGAGAGCAUCUCUUUAGAUUUAGGUUUCAGUGGGAAUACUCUGGCUGAAGGUCUGGUGGUGAGUACAUGUUUGGGUGGUGCCCUUAUUGGAUCUUUGUUCAGUGGUUGGAUUGCUGAUGGUGUUGGGCGCCGUAGGGCGUUUCAGUUGUGUGCUCUGCCUAUGAUUAUUGGUGCUUCUACGAGUGCAACAACGAAAAAUUUGGCGGGUAUGCUCAUUGGAAGGUUCUUAGUUGGGACUGGCAUGGGGCUUGGUCCACCUGUUGCAGCCCUAUAUGUGACAGAGGUUUCCCCUGCUUCUGUGAGGGGUACUUUUGGAAGCUUCAUCCAGAUUGCAACAUGUCUGGGACUUAUGGGGGCUCUGUUUAUUGGAAUCCCUGUCAAAGACAUUGCUGGCUGGUGGCGCAUUUGUUUUUGGGUCUCCACGAUUCCUGCUGGGUUACUUGCAUUUGCCAUGAUGUUUUGUGCUGAGAGUCCACAUUGGUUAUACAAGCAAGGAAGAAGUGCUGAAGCUGAAGCUGAAUUUGAGAGGCUUUUAGGUGGAUCACAUGUCAAAUAUGCCAUGUUAGAAUUAUCCAAAUUUGACAGAGGGGAUGAUGCAGAGACUGUGAAACUCUCAGAAUUGCUCUAUGGCUGCCAUUUUAGAGUUGUUUUUAUUGGGUCAACCCUCUUUGCUUUACAACAGCUAUCCGGUAUAAAUGCUGUAUUUUAUUUCUCUUCAUCUGUAUUUAAAAGUGCGGGAGUACCAUCAGACCUUGCGAAUGUGUUCAUUGGAGUUGCAAAUUUAUCAGGAUCUAUCAUUGCGAUGCUAUUAAUGGACAAACUUGGAAGAAAGGUGCUUCUUCUGUGGAGUUUCUUUGGCAUGACUAUAUCAAUGGUUCUUCAAGUCACUGCAGCAAAUACUUAUGUGUCAGGCUCUGGAUCUUUAUACCUAUCAGUUGGCGGCAUGCUAAUGUUCGUCUUAACAUUUGCAUUAGGAGCUGGUCCUGUUCCAGGUCUCCUUCUACCAGAAAUUUUCCCUAGUCGAAUCAGGGCAAAAGCUAUGGCAGUCUGUAUGUCAGUGCACUGGGUCAUUAAUUUCUUUGUGGGCUUGCUGUUCCUUCGUUUGCUGGAGCAACUUGGGCCACAGCUCUUAUACUCGAUGUUUGCAAGUGUUUGCAUGAUGGCUGUGGUCUUCGUUAAAAGGAAUGUAGUGGAGACAAAAGGAAAAUCUCUUCAAGAAAUUGAGAUAGCUCUUCUCCCACAGGAAUAGAAGGUCAAAACACAAACAAAUGGCAAGGGCAGUAAUUUUGACUGAACAAUAGAUCUCAUGGAAACCAAGUUUGGCACCAGGCUGAUGUUUGACGUGAAGUAAUAGUUAUAAAUCCAUCUGGCCCGUAAUUCAUCUGGGGCCAAUUGUAUUCUGUGGAGAGUUCAUAAUAGUGCGAGCGAUGUAUUCCGGUCUCAAAUGAUAUUAGAUGCGCUGUGUGUGUGACAUUUUUUAUAAAAUCUUUAUGGUUCAAUUUGUUUUUGCUUGGUUCCGAGGUAAAA